AUGACUGAUUUUGAACCAGCACUUAGAGAUGCAUUAUCUUCUAGUGUAGGUGUUGAAGGGACACGUGUCUUAGGGUGUUGGUUCCAUCAUAAUCAGGCAGUAUGGAAAAAAAUGAAAUCAUUAAAUUAUUUAGAAACCGUUAAUUCAAAUACAUAUGCUUUGAAGACUUUAAAAAUUCUAAUGUGUUUGCCAUUAUUACCCAGUGCAGAAAUUGAACAAGGUUUUCUACUGACUAAAACAUAUGCUAUCCACCACAACGUUCCAUUAACUAACCUGUUUGAAUAUUACCAAAAUUACUGGAUACGACGUGUCGGAGUUAACAUCAUAUCCGUAAAUGGUGUCUCAAGAAGGACAAAUAACAACUUGGAGAGCUUUCAUAACUUUUUGAGACACAAGUUUUCCAUUGCACAUCCAAAUUUAUGUGUCUUUCUUGGUCAAAUAUGUGUGUUGAGCCAAAAGUUGAUAAAAAGAGCUGUUGAACAUCAUGAAGCAGGUCUAUUAAGUGUAUGGCAAUUUCUAGUGAAAUGUUCAUACUCAUGUGCUGGCUAUGAAAGAAGGCAAAGACAUUGGGCACUUGGUAUUGAACAUGAUCAUGAGUCAAAUUAUGAUGUUUUGGAAGACGACUUUGUUGAACCAGGUCCAGAAGUACCACAAAAUGCACCAGAAGUAGUACACAAUCCAAGGAAUUGUAUGGUUUGUUUAACUACUACUCCUGGUGAAAAUGUAGCUCAACAUAUAGUGUUGCCUUGUGGUCACGCCUGGGUGUGCGAAACAUGCGUUUCAGUGUUGGAUGGUCAAUAUCGUAGAACGUGCCCAGUUUGUCGAGGAGAUGUACUUCGUUUUCAAAGAAUGUUUUUGUCUUAA